AUGCCUGCUCCAUGGCGCGUGACGCGGAGGUACUGGUUUUUGACGGGGCGCUUCCCGUGGAUAGCAUCUGCCAUCGUUUUUGUCAUUCAGUCGAGGCUGUGGCACUUCUUCGCGAAUUUCUCGAAGCCAGAGGAGGUCCCGAUUCGAGGGUGCUCACUUUCCUACGAGGUGCAGUUGCUGCGGCGAUUCGGAUACGACUUGAUUGCGUUUGGCGGGCAUGAUGCCGUGUUCGCGCACGAGUCAGUGCGGAGUGCCUUCCGCGCUUUCACGGAAGUGCCGAUGGACGAAUUUGAUUGCUACAACAAGGUCUCGUGGUAG